ACAACGACGAAGAACUAAAAAUGCAUCUCUCUCUGUAUAUUUGCGCGCGUGUUGUGUAGCCUAACUAAAAGUUGUGUGGUUGGUUGGGUCUCUCUUUCGUUGAAUGACAAAAAAAAAAAAAAAUAAGAAGUACAUAUAUUUAAUAACCUGUUUUUUGAAAGACACAUGCCGCGUCGCGCCAUCAAUUAAAUCAUCACAAAUAGUGUAUAUCACGUGUUAAUUUAAUAUUAUAUUCAAUGAAAUGCUUAUUACGUCAAUAAAUCUAUUGUCAAGUUAUAAUCUCGUGACCCUCUAUCAUCAGACGUUAUUCUUAUUCGUGCGCGCUCGGUAGGUCAAAAUGGCGUGAAUAUAUAGUGAAUAUAUAUAUAUAUAAAUGUUUAUGUGUAUAUGUGUGAGAAAGAGAAAAAUAGUGAGAGAGCUUAUAAACACAGCUCAAUGAUGAUAAUAAUAAGUGUUUUCAAUAUACACUAAAAAAAAAGAACCAGUGUUUUAUUUUUUGUUUCCAUUUUUUUUUUUUUUUUGAGGUUAUAAAAUCCGUAUUUGUUUUUUUGAAAUUUUCAAAGACAAAAAUAGGAAAGAAAAAAGGGGGGUUUAUUUUUUUUUCUUCUUUUUUUUUUUGAAUGGUGAAGAAGAGUGAUAAACAGUGUUUUUAGUGAAUUUUUUGGGGCGUAUUGUUGCAUGAGUUAUGAGGACGGAAUGCCCGCAGGCGGUAACAGUCGUUUCCGUGGUUACCCAGCGCGGAUGUCUGAGCGCCAACAACUUGCACUUCUUUUGCAAAUGACAUCACAGGAUAUUGUUUCAGGUGGUAAUAGACCUGAGGGUACAAGUUCACAGAGUAAUUCAAAAUCAUCGCCAUUGCAACAGCAGAGAGGUUCAAAAAAUCGAUGGUCACAAAAUAAAAAUGGCGAAUCAUCACCAGCAAGUGGAAUUAAUCGCAAAGACGAUUUUCGUAUGCGACAACUUGUUAAUGGAUAUGAAAAUACUAAGGAAACAAGCGAUAUUACUGGGGCAAGUUCACCGGACGAAGCGACAACGGUCACGAGUGGAGACAAUAGUAGUCCACGUUCUCCAUUGGAUAUUGCAGCGCUAUCCAACGAACAGUCGGAACAUUAUCAACACUAUCAACAACGCUCGGUUGGCACUGCUGCUGCUGCUACUGCUACACUCGUUGCAGAGGACAGUGGAGCCCCCUGUGAAAUGCGGAGGACACCACCGCAAAACAAAGUUGACAGAUUGGGAUCUGGUCAGUCUGGUAAUUCACCAAGAGUGACUCUUCGUCUCAAUCAGGUGCGAGGCACGAGGGAUGAAAAGAAAAACAGCUCCAAUUCCCGUCAGGGUGGUGUGAACGCACAGGGACAAAAUCAAAUGGAGGGUAAUUCCACAAAAUCGUCGGGUGUUCCUGCGACGAGUGGGAAUAACGCAAUAUCGCCAAAUUCAAAUAGUGGAGGCGCUGGCGGUGGUGGUGGUUCAACGUGGUCGGUUGACAAUAACGACGUUUAUGAAUUUAAAAGUUCAAAAGAAGCGACACCAGUGAGGGGUUCGAGUAUAUCACCAAAUCCUGAAAAGGAUAAUAAGGAGACUGCUAAAUCUUCUGGUAGUCAAAAUUCAAGUGGUGGUGGUGGUGGUAAUACAACUGCCAGCGGUGGUUGCACUUCAAAUUCAUCAACCGGUGAAACAUCAACGACUUCUGGAAUUGACGAGGCAGCAAUGACGACUUCACCAUCAUCGAAACGACCAUUUGAGGGCGAUGCAAAUGACGAUCAGGAUGACGAAAAUCGUAAGAAGAAACGCAAGGACGGUGAGAAUCCCAAAGAUAAUGUCAAAGGCGGUGCAUCAGGGAGGCAAGGUACCGGUAGAAGUGGCGCCAACGCUGGAGAAAAGUGUACAAAAUCAGGCAAACAGGGACUGGGCGCCACAUCCGGUAAAAAUAACCAAAGUUCAGGUUCAACGAAUAUCGACAGAAAGAGUCCAAGCGCUGCUGCCGCCGCCGCUGCAGCAGCAGCAUCAAGCGCCAGCAGUCCAAAACCAUCAGGUGGUACAGUAACAAGUGGUUUAAAUCCAAAAACAACAACAACAACACCAGCACCCCAUGAAUCUGACAGUGAGGACGGUGGCGAUCGUUCAAAGUUAGAUUCCAAUUCAGCACCCAAAGUACCGCCAUUAAAAAUUGUCAUUCCACAAAGUACAACAUCAGAACAGGAGCAAGGCAAUCGUAAUGGUAAGAAUACAUCGAAUCGAAGUCAUCAAUUGCCCUAUGUGGUUGCAAGUUCAAAUAGUAAUGAUUCAACGGAAAAGGAUCAAAAUCAAUCGGCAAGUGGUACAACAAGUCCAACAGAAGCUGGUACAACUGGCGGAGGUACUGGUGGUUCAAGUGGUACAGCAUCCAAAGCAGAGGAGAAGAAAGAUUUUGCUGGCGCAUUACACGGUGAAGAAAGAUCGUCGACUCAUCAUCAGAGGGUUUUACGAAGUUCGCAUCGUGGCAAUGGUGGGAAUGGUUCAGCGAAUUCCAAAGAAUCAUCAUCAUCAUCAUCAGCGUCGUCGUCAUCAUCCUCUCAAUUGGCGGGCAAUGGAAAUUAUUCAAAUUCCUCGCCAUUGCCCGGCGCAUCGGCUGAUCGUUCAAAUAAUUCAUCACCGCAACCAACGCCUGAAGUUGGUAAUUCCGAGGCAAAUAAAACACAAUCCAACGAUACAACAACAACAACAAAUACAAAAAUUGGAACAUCAGAGAAGGUGGAGAAAAAUUCAGAUAAUAUUAAAGCACAAAAGGACAAUGGUAAUAAUGAAUCGAUGGAAAAUUCAUCAACAAUGACAUCGUCAUCGUCAACAUCGUCAUCAUCAUCGUCAUCAACAACAUCGACAAAUAUCACAACAACAGCGCCCGUUGAAUUACAUCCAAGAAAAAGGAAAAUUAAACCAAAUAAAGAAUCACAACAAUCAUCGGUUACAGCGGCAAAUGAAACAUCCGAGGCAACUAGUUCUGGUCCCGAAGUACAUCCACACGAUCAACCGAUAACUAAUUGUUAUCAAUUAUUUCUCAAUAUUCGAAAACAGAUUGAGAGCAGAAGAAAGGGUCUCUUUCCAGUACAACCAAAACCCCCACAAGGUUUUAAAGAUUAUUUAAUGAAUCGUUGUACUUAUGUAUUGGCGGGUAAUCGUGAAACAAAACCAAAUGUUAAUAUACCAGCGGGUUUAAUACAAUCAAUGAAGGAUUUAUAUGUUGAUCAAGAGAAAUAUCGUCAUCGUUUACGUAUGCAGCAUGUUGUUGAAAAAGAAAAAUUAGUCCUAUCAGUUGAACAAGAAAUAUUAAGGGUACACGGUAGAGCGGCACGUGCAUUGGCCAAUCAAUCGCUUCCAUUUUCUGUUUGUACAAUUCUUAAAGAUGAAGAAGUUUAUAAUGUAAUAACACCUGAGCAAGAAGAAAAAGAUCGUAAUGCAAGAAGUCGUUAUAAUGGACGAUUAUUUUUAAGUUGGUUACAGGAUGUCGAUGAUAAAUGGGAAAAAAUUAAGGAAGCAAUGUUACUGCGACAUCACAAUGAAGCGGAAUCACUUCACGCUGUACAACGUAUGGAUUGGGAAUGGAAAUUGAAGGAAGUUGGCCUUUGCGAAUUUAAGGCAACGCCACAAAUUGAAGAUCUUCAUGUACCAAUGGUCCACGUUGCAGAUGACUUUGAUCUUCUACCAACAUAGUCUAGCUAAAGAAGAAAAAGAGAAAGAAAAAAGAAAAAAAAAAAAAAAAAAAAAACUGUACAAAAAACUUACACUUACAAUUUUUAGUCAAAAAAUACCCCCCUUUUUAUUACGUUUUAUCUUUGACAGUGUCGAAGAUAAUAAAAUCUCUCUGUGAUCUCUUCAUCGAUAUAAGAACAAAAAAAAAAAAAAAAAUUCGUACAGCGACGCCAAUUAUUUUCAUAUUUUGUUCAUUAAAAAAAAAAUUGAAGGUAAAAAUAUUAAUAUAUAAAAAUAUUUUCAAUCCAAAGAGAGAAAUUUUACUAAAAUAAUUUAGUAAAGGAAAAUUUUCAAAAAUAAUUUGCGUCGAUUUACGAAUCUGGUUCUUUUUUUUUUAUAAGAAACGAGGCUGCAUAUUUUUUUUUUGAAGUUAAAUCAUCUACAAUGUGUUUAAUAAUAUUAUUUUAUUUUUUCCUUUUUAUUAAUAGGCUUUUUUUUUAUCUUCAUCUUCACAACACAUCUUGUACAUACUUUGUAACUAGCCAUCAGAAAAAAGAAAAAAAAAAAAAAAAAGACGUCAGUGUAUAAAAGCAUUUUAAGGUGAAUGGAGGAAAGAGGAAGAGGAAAAGGAAAAAGGAGGAGGAGGAAGAGGAGGAGGAGGAGAAAGUAAAAAACAAAAAUAAAGUUAAGAACUUUCCAACGA